AUGGUAAAUGGAUCUUUUGGGAUGAAACUGAUGCUUAUAGAGAGCCUGAACUUACUUAAGAAUACUACUGUUCUUGAAGACCAAGGGAAAUGGAAUUGUGAGUUUGGAAGCAAGUUGUGGUUAUGCACUAGAAGUGUAAAGGACAAGAUAACAGGGGUGGCAAGGGAAGUCACUCCAGAGCUUCAGUACAAAACACAAUGUGAUGCAAUUAGAUAUAAGUGGGGUUUGGCAACUCUUGAUGGUUUACAUUCAGAUUUCGAUUCAACCGAGAACUUCAUUGGCUUCAUUGAGCUAGGCCCAGAUCUUCGCAAUCGAACGGUUGAACCGGACACACAUCCAACAUCAUUGAGAGCGGGUGAUGGAUCGUAUAAAGUCAUUACCAAUGCUUCGGAGUUCCACUUUCUUCCACCUUGA